GAGAUCUCACCUUCCCCUAAAUAAAAGAAAAAAAAAUCAAAAAGAAAAAAGGAGGAGAAAAGAAAAAAAAAAACCCCAAAGCUAAAAGAAAGCCCAAACCUUGAUACUUUCCCCUUUGCCUCUGCAUCCUCACUCACUGCUCCUCUGUUUGAGAUCUCAGAGAGGGGGAGAGCAAUGGCAGCUUACAAGGCCGAGGACGACUACGAUUACCUCUUCAAGGUGGUCAUCAUCGGCGACUCUGGAGUAGGGAAGUCCAACCUGCUCUCGAGGUUCACCAGAAACGAGUUCAGCCUCGAAUCCAAGUCCACCAUCGGGGUCGAGUUCGCUACCCGAAGCUUGAAUGUCGAUGGGAAGGUCAUCAAGGCUCAGAUUUGGGACACUGCUGGCCAAGAAAGGUAUCGUGCCAUCACGAGUGCUUACUAUCGAGGAGCUGUGGGUGCGUUGCUCGUCUAUGAUGUCACAAGACACCCUACAUUUGAGAAUGUUGAGCGCUGGCUCAAAGAACUAAGGGACCAUACUGAUCCAAACAUCGUUGUCAUGCUCAUUGGCAACAAGUCUGAUCUCCGCCACCUUAUUGCCGUCUCAACUGAAGAUGGGAAAUCUUUUGCUGAGACCGAGUCUCUAUAUUUUAUGGAGACUUCGGCGUUGGAAUCAACGAACGUAGACGAUGCAUUUUCAGAGGUAUUGACUCAGAUCUAUAGGAUUGUGAGCAAGAAGGCGGUUGACACUGGUGAUGAUGCGGCAUCUGCUGUUCCCGGUGAAGGAGAGAAAAUAAACAUCAAAGAUGAUGUUUCUGCGCUCAAGAAAGGUGGUUGCUGCUCGAAUUAGGUUACUGUGAUGUUAUUUGUGUUUUGGUCAGACACCUUGCAUCUUCGGGCUAUGUAACAAGGUAAAGAUAUUAUAGUUAGAGCUGAGGAUGAGAAACAUGCAAUUAAUACUCUGAAUGGUGACAGCAAUAAAAGACACUGAGGAGCUGAGGGUAGAGAACAUGCGUUGCUUAAAUCAAUUGUUGAGCCUGGUGUAGGUUGCCUGCGGUUUAACUCCCAUUUAUGUUUUUAUGAGGUUAUUAUGACAGAGGAUAGCAUCUUAUCCUGUUUCCCAUAAAAUGUGUCCUCGCAGAGAAUUGAAUAUAUUCAUAAAGAUGCAGGAUUGGUGCGUUAUCA